UAAAUACAAAUUGUCGAUGUCUUUUGUUUGUCUAUCAAAAUUUUAACAGAAAAUGUGAGAAAAUAAACCAAAAUAUUUAAAUUUCUUAUAUAUUAAGCAGAGUGAAAAUAAAUUAGUAAUGACAUUUUAUGAUCGGAUUAUUUAAACGAGCUGCAGAAAUCCAGUUUACCCACAUUCUAAGGACUAUGAAAAAUUUAGCAGUGUUUGACUUUGAUUAUACUAUCAUAGAUGAUAAUUCUGACACAGCGGUAGCCAAGCUAGUGGCUCCAGAAAAAAUUACGAAAGAAAUUCGUCAACUGCACAAGCACGAGGGUUGGACCUCAUUUAUGCAAGGUGUCUUUUCGGUAUUACAUGAAAACAAAGUAACUGAGUAUGAUAUUUCGGAUUUAAUUCGACACAUACCAGCUGUGGAUGGGAUGAAGGGUUUAAUCACAGAGCUUUAUGAUAAUUUCAAUUUUGACAUUAUAAUAAUCAGUGACUCCAACACUUAUUUCAUAAAGGAAUGGUUAGAAGAAUCUAAACUUGAUACAAAAGUUUUAAAGGUAUUUUCAAAUCCGGCCGUAUUUAAAGAUAAUGGUUUAUUAAAAAUUGAAAUGUAUCAUGUCCAAGAUUGCUGUAAAUUAAGUACACGAAAUUUAUGCAAAGGUAAGAUUAUGGAGGAUUUCAUUAAAUCUCAAAUGGAAAAAAAUGUCAAUUACAAUCGGGUUUUUUAUGUGGGCGAUGGAUAUAAUGAUUUAUGUCCAAUUUUGAGAUUGAAAGAUGAUGAUGUCGCCUGUGUUAGGGACAAAUACAAAUGUUCUGAUCUUGUGCAGAAGUCUAAGUGUGGCACUUUAAUUGAAAGUGGCAUAAAAUGCGAUGUAAAAGCGCAAGUCUGCGUUUGGACUACAGGAAAACAAAUUUUGCAAUUUAUCAAAGAAAAUUAUUAAAUUUUUCUUGGGCUUCUAUUUUGUAUGGCCCAUGCAACAGUGUCAAUUUUUCUUCAAUAGUCAAUAUGCUUGACUGAAAUAGGGUAAUAAACUUGUUAAAAUUCA